UAAUAGCGCAGAAAACGUGAUGUUGGAGAAUUCCAUGGGCUUAUGGACAGUACUUUGCAAAGCCUGUAUUCAAGAUGGUGGGGCUGAAACCUUCAAGCAUACCCCCAACGCCUGGCGUGCGGUUCCUGAGCGCUGGUACAGCAGCCUGCAUCGCUGACCUCAUCACCUUCCCACUAGACACGGCUAAAGUCAGGUUACAGAUUCAAGGAGAAACUGCAGGAUCCUCUGGGGCCAGACUUGCCAAGAGUAUCAAAUACCACGGCGUUUGGGGGACAGUCACCACAAUGGUCAAAACAGAAGGACCGAGGAGUUUGUAUAAUGGACUAGUGGCCGGCCUCCAGAGACAGAUGAGUUUCGCUUCAAUAAGAAUCGGUCUCUAUGACUCUGUAAAACAAUUUUACACCAGAGGGAAUGAGCAUGCCAGUAUGGUAACCCGCCUCCUAGCAGGGAGUACCACAGGAGGACUUGCAGUACUACUGGCUCAACCGACGGAUGUGGUUAAAGUUCGUUUUCAGGCACAAAGGAACUUCCGCGGUGUUCCGAAACGAUAUAAUGGCACACUCCAGGCCUAUAAAUCAAUAGCGAAAGAAGAAGGAGUUCGAGGACUUUGGAAAGGAACUUUGCCCAACGUUACUCGAAAUGCCAUUGUCAACUGUUCGGAGCUUGUAACCUACGACCUCAUUAAAGAGGCCAUUCUGAGGAAGAAACUGUUGACAGAUAACCUUCCAUGCCACCUCCUCUCGGCCUUUGGUGCAGGGUUUUGUGCGACAGUAGCAGCUUCUCCUGUUGAUGUAGUGAAGACAAGAUACAUGAACUCUGUUCCUGGGCACUACAAGAGUGCAUUAAAUUGUGCUUGGACCAUGCUGGUUAAUGAAGGACCAACAGCUUUUUACAAAGGGUUUCUUCCUUCUUAUCUGCGCCUUGGGAGCUGGAACGUGAUAAUGUUUGUGACUUAUGAGCAGCUGAAAAGGGCAAUGAUGAUGGCCAAACAAAGUCAGGAUUGUGCCAUAUGAUUCCCUGGAGCGCACAAUGUUGUAUCUGGAUCAUUGAACUACUUCCCUGCACUGCCAAGUCUGCAUUAUGGACAUGAGAACUUAUAUUAUAAAUGUGAUCAUUUUCAAUAUUGGAUUAUUUUGUAUGAAAUGAGACUCCAUGAACAGCAUGCCAGUGGUUUAAUUCUAUUGCGUUUCAAAAUCUGGUGAUAUUCAUUACAUCUUAUAAAACACAUUCAGGGUAAAUGUUUUUAACUAGCAUAAGAACAGUCAAAAAGAAGCACUUUAUUUUCACAGCAUAUGCUGUGUAAAACAACUAAUACCGUCUGAUGGAGUUUGUAACGUUUUUUAAAAUAUACAACUGAGCAACAUGCACUUUAUUGAUGAGAUUUAACAUUUUCAAACCUAGGGAAAAACUAUUGUUCAAAUAGUUUGCUUUGAAAAGUUAAUUUCAAUCCUGUCUCUUGGCAAAUGCCAUGAGUUUGCAUUGAGCCUUACGUAGCCACAAUUCAUUAAAUAUUGUAUUUGUCAGUAUUUUUAUAAAAUUAGUUUUAAUGGAAGCAUAAUUUACAACAUACUAUAUGUAUCUUUCAUGUAACGUUUAGUGAGAUGGAAUAAAUUAUAACAUAAGUCCCCGUAA